AUGUCAACUGUGAGCUUCUGUGAGAAUUGGUACUCCGUACACAAAACAAAGAAGUGCGACGGCUCCGUAACCAUCUAUGAGAUCAUUGAACAUGCUGGUCACCCGCCGGGUAGCACAUCCCGCCGGCGAAACUUCACGAUGGCGGCGGAUAGCCGGGGUUCCAUUCUCUCUGCCCAAGGCUUGGCCGGUAUUAAACGGAGGCCGAAAACAGCCGAGUCCAUAGUAUCGUGCCAUUCAGAAUGA